AUUUCAUUGUGCGAGCCGUGAGCACUGUGCCGUGAGUUUUGGUUAUUCAGGCAUUUAUUCAAUUUAUGAGUGAAAUUUAGAAUUAAUUUGAAAAGUUAAAGUGCGGUUGAUGCUCUUGAUUCCAAGUAAUGAUGAACGGUCCAAAAGGACUCGUGACAUUCGUAUACCUGUGUUUCAUCUACAGCACAUCACCAGCCAUUUCAUUGCGCCUAGAUGACAUUGUGGUGGUGGUGCUGAGUCAGGGUGACCAGUACCAUGCAGCUGAAACCGAACAACUCACUCAAAAUAUUCUUCAACAGGCCGCUUCAAUAGAUCAGAAACCGCCUACUAUCAGAACUUUACACAAAGAAUUUCCACAUGUGGGAGCUUGGACAGUCGUACCUCUUUUCCCAUGGCUGAACCAACUUCACAGUAGCAAUAGCUCAUGGUUUUUCUUUGUGGAAGAAAAAACUCAAAUCAAUCUAACUGAGCUGAUCACAUUGGUCAAAGGAUACGACGAGAAAAAGGCUAUAUGGAUGGGUCACGGACUUACUGAUGAAGAAGCAACAAUCAUUCACCAUUUUGCAUUUGCUGAUAAUCCGUCAAAAUUUAAAUAUCCGCUAUUUUCUGCCGGCUUUGUGAUGUCGACUGCAUUAAUAGUCAAGAUGAGUAAAAAAUAUGAAGAGAUGGCUGUAAAAAAUUCAGAUUUUUCUAUUGAUGCAUCUUAUGAGCUUGCGUUGUAUGUUGACAUUCCGUUGGUUGACCUUUCUGCAAAAUUUUGUCUCGAAAAUAGAGUCGGCUGUGUAUCAUAUCCCAAGCAGGACUUUGACUGUGGAGAUCCCGUACCUAAAGAAAGCAUUUUCUUUGCAGUGAAAACUUGUGUCAAAUUUCACCAAGACAGAGUUCCCGUUGUGAAAAGCACGUGGGCAAAACAAACUGCGUUUAUCGAGUUUUUUAGUGAUGAGCAAGAUACAGAAAUUCCAACAACAGCAGUCGGUGUGGAAAAUACUGAAAAAGGACAUUGCCAGAAAAGUUUUGAAAUUUUACGUUUGGUCAAUGAGCGAAUAAAAAAGGGAUUGCCUUCUAUAAAAUGGGUGAUGUUGGCUGAUGAUGAUACCUUGAUCAGAUCAUAUAGAUGUUCAUACAGAGCUUUAAUCAAUCUUUAUUACAGCCGGGACCAGCGACUCAACGUGUCCAACAUUCGAACCCAAGGCUUCUGUUUUACAAAUCCAGAGUCUAAAGCACUCGACUACGGCCACUCCAUUAGACUCGUGACACUCGUAUACCUGUGUUUCAUCCACAACACAUGUAUCAACACACCACCAGCCAUUUCAUUGCGCCUAGAUGACAUUGUGGUGGUGGUGCUGAGUCAGGGUGACCAGUACCAUGCAGCUAAAGCCCAACAACUACGUCAAAAUAUUCUCCAACAGGCCGCUGCAAUAAAUCAGAAACCGCCCUCUAUCAGAACUGUACACAAAGAAUUUCCACAUAUGGGAGCUUGGACAGUUGUACCUCUUCUCCCAUGGUUGAACAAACUCCACUCUAGCAAUAGCUCUUGGUUUUUCUUUGCAGAAGAAAAAACUCAAAUAAAUUUAACUGGGCUGAUUAAUUUGGUAAAAGGAUAUGACAAGAAAAAGGCCAUGUGGUUGGGCCACGGACUGAUUCAUGGAGACAAAUUCAUUGCACAGAUAACAUCUCUCGAUCAUUUACAUACUCCUGCAUUAAAAUCCAAAUGUCCGCUAUUUGCUGCUGGCUUUGUGAUGUCCACUGCAUUAAUAGUCAAGCUGAGUGAAAUAUAUGAAGAAAUGGCUUUAAUAAGAUCAAAUUUUUCCCUUGAUGCAUCUUAUGAUCUUGCGUUGUUUGUUGAAAUUCCUUUGGUUGACCUUCCUGAUAAAUUUUGUAUAGAGAAUAGAAAAGGAUGUGUAUCAUUUCCCGAAAAGGACUCUUAUUGUGGAGAUCCCGUACCUAAAGAAAGUAUUUUCUUUGCAGUGAGGACAUAUGUCAAAUUCCAUCAAGACAGAGUUCCAGUUGUGAAAAGCACGUGGGCAAAGCAAACUGCGCUCAUCGAGUUUUUUAGUAACGUGCAAGAUUCAGAAAUUCCAACAACUGCAGUCAGUGUGAAAAAUACUGAAAAAGGACAUUGCCGGAAAACUUUUGAAAUUUUAGAUUUGGUUAAUGAGCGAAUCAAAAAGGAAUUGCCUUCAAUAAAAUGGGUGAUGAUGGCUGAUGAUGAUACCUUGAUCAGAUGGAAUCGAAUCCCGUAUAUAAUACAAAACAACGUUGUUCACAAAGUAAUGUUUGCUUUACAGGGAGAUCCCGUACCUAAAGAAAGUAUUUUCUUUGCAGUGAGGACAUAUGUCAAAUUCCAUCAAGACAGAGUUCCAGUUGUGAAAAGCACGUGGGCAAAGCAAACUGCGCUCAUCGAGUUUUUUAGUAACGUGCAAGAUUCAGAAAUUCCAACAACUGCAGUCCGUGUGAAAAAUACUGUAAAAGGACAUUGCCAGAAAACUUUUGAAAUUUUAGAUUUGGUUAAUGAGCGAAUCAAAAAGGAAUUGCCUUCAAUAAAAUGGGUGAUGAUGGCUGAUGAUGAUACCUUGAUCAGUGUCCCUAGACUGCAAUCGUUGCUGAGCUGUUGGCCUGACAGUGGACCCAUAGCUAUCGGUGAAAGGUACGGCUUCAAUGUGCAAGGCUCCAAACAAGGCUUCAACUAUCUGACAGGAGGCGCAGGACUCGUAAUAAGUCCUUCAGCUAUUCCUCAAAUGUUGGAAAUGUGCGACUGUGAACAUAUUGAUCAGGCUGAAGACAUGACAGUGGGAUAUUGUCUGGCCAAUCUCAGCAUUCCUCUCGUGCAUACUCCGACUUUCCACCAGGCCGCACCCAUCGAUUAUGCAUUUAAUUAUCUGGCCGUACAUAAGCCUGUUACAUUUCAUAGGUUUUGGAACAUCGACCCAUUGGCUGUUUAUAAUGAGUGGUUUUCAUCAAGUGAUAAUCAUACACAGCUUUAA